AUGGAUUCCCAGAGUAUUCGCGACCUCGAGUCGGAGAAGAAGAUUUGGUCAGUUCUCCAUUUGGACCUCAUUCUGAUGGAUUCAAAGGGCAAUGAUAUCUGGGUACAAAUCCCUCCUAUGUUGAUAGAAAAGUUUAAGAAGUUGCUGAAGGAGAACCAUGUUUACAUUAUCAAGAACUUUGAUAUCAAUACAACUGGACUGAAAUAUCGACCUAUUGGGAAUCCAUAUUUGAUACAAUUUAGUAGGAAGACAACUGUUCAUCAUGUUCCUGAAGUUCCUGCAAUUCCGACCUUCAAAUUCAGUUUCCUAAAUGCAAGUCAGAUGGCAGGCAAAUUGGGUCAUGUUGUUAUCCUUUCAGAUGUUGUUGGCCAAUUGUGCACACAUUCACAUGCAAUUACUACUACCAGCCUUACCCGGAAAACUAUAAGGAAGGAGCUCACAUUGCAACUGAUUGAAUACCGUGUUCAACUUGAAGUUCAAAGUGAUUUGAAGUCAGCAGUAUUUGUACUCUUUGAGUAUGAAGGGAAGCGAUACUUUGGAUUGAGUGGUCUGACCAAGAAAUUCCAUGUCAAAUUCAAGAUCAACCUUUUUGCUGAUUCCCAAGCUGAUUUUACUGUGCUGAGAAUACUAGAACCCACUCCAAAGGGAGAAGGUUAUAUGAUUCACAAAGAUGGAUCAUCUUCAUCUAUUGCGAGUGGGCCUCGAUCUUCUCAACCCUCCACUGAUCAGUCUGGACAGUCUGCUACUGAAAAAUCGAUUGAAACACCAGUGGACUCUGAUGCAACUCCAGACAACAAACUGAAGAGGAAGAUGCCCCUGGAGUGA